AUGGCCGUCCCCACCCGCCGUUUCUCUCUCUUCCUCCUCCUCACACUUUUAUCCUCUCUCCAGAUUCUUCAUGCAAGAGAAACCCAGUAUUUCUUCAACAAAAUCCCAGGCAACAACAACAACAACUAUGGCGUCAAUACAGAGCAGACCACCGUGAUUCCCCAGCAGCAAGAACAAAACUUCAUCCCGGAGAACGAAAACGGCGGCCUAGACCAACCGUACACCACCAACAACAACAACAACAAACUGCCGUACAAAACCGAGGAGGAGGUUCCCAACAAGAGAUACCUUCCGAGGAACUACAACCCUGUCUCCUACGUGACUGUCCCGGAGGACAACACGAACAACGAGGAUUCCAAGUUCGCCGGCGAGGAAUUCACCACCGCCGCCGAUAACAACAACCGCUACAACAGCUACACCGCCAGAAACAACUACUACAACAGCCGCCGCAGCAGCAACUACUACGGCGGCGGCGGCCGCCAAGAAGAAAGCUUCCCCACCACCACCAACAACCGCUACAAUGCGGCGGCGGGGAACAAAGUUGAGAAGAUGGGCAUGAGCGACACCAGGUUCUUGGAGAACGGGAAGUACUACUACGAUACCAACACUGAAAGGUACGCAAGACAUCCAUUGGAGAACGCAGGGAUUAACCUUGAAGAUUUUAAAAAGCAGUUCCAGAACAGCAACAACAAUUUCAUGGAGAACAACAACUACCAGAACGAGGAGCAGUUCCAGGAUGAAGACGACAUGCCUUGA